CCGCGCCGGAAGUGCCCAUUGAAGAAAGAAUGAAAGGUGCCCGCCGCCUGGCGCUCCAGGCAGGUCUAGUGUUCCGCGGGCUCGGAAGGGAAGUUGGACGGAGAUUCCUCCGCUAACCGCCGAGUUCCGGGCUAGCGGGAAGCGAGAGCCCGGACAUGGACAGCCGCCUGCAAGAGAUCCGCGAGCGGCAGAAGCUACGGCGGCAGCUCCUCGCCCAGCAGUUGGGAGCCGAGAGUGCCGACAGCAUUGGUGCCGUGUUAAAUAGCAAAGAGGAGCAGAGAGAGAUUGCCGAAACCAGGGAGACUUGCAGGGCUUCCUAUGAUACCUCUGCUCCAAAUGCCAAACGGAAGUCUCAGGAUGAAGGAGAGACCGAUGAGGACAAAAUGGAAGAGUAUAAGGAUGAGCCUGAGAUGCAGCAGGAGGAGGAGAACCUGCCGUAUGAGGAAGAGAUUUACAAAGACUCCAGCACGUUCCUCAAGGGAACACAGAGUUUAAAUCCCCAUAAUGAUUACUGCCAGCAUUUUGUAGACACUGGACACAGACCUCAGAAUUUCAUCAGGGAUGUAGGUCUGGCGGACAGGUUUGAAGAGUACCCCAAGCUGCGGGAGCUCAUCCGCCUGAAGGACGAGCUGAUAGCGAAGUCGAACACUCCGCCCAUGUACUUACAGGCGGAUAUCGAAGCCUUUGACAUCAGAGAGCUCACCCCCAAGUUCGAUGUGAUUCUUCUGGAACCCCCUCUGGAAGAGUAUUACAGAGAGACCGGCAUCACUGCCAACGAGAAGUGCUGGACUUGGGACGAUAUCAUGAAGUUGGAGAUCGAUGAGAUUGCGGCCCCUCGGUCGUUCAUUUUCCUCUGGUGCGGCUCCGGGGAAGGGCUGGACCUUGGGAGAGUGUGUUUGCGCAAGUGGGGCUACAGAAGAUGUGAAGAUAUUUGUUGGAUUAAAACCAAUAAAAACAACCCUGGGAAGACUAAGACUUUAGAUCCAAAGGCUGUCUUCCAGAGAACAAAGGAGCACUGCCUCAUGGGGAUCAAAGGGACCGUGAAGCGCAGCACGGACGGGGACUUCAUCCACGCCAACGUCGACAUCGACCUGAUCAUCACGGAGGAGCCUGAGAUCGGGAACAUAGAGAAGCCCGUGGAGAUUUUCCACAUCAUCGAGCACUUCUGUCUGGGCCGGCGGCGCCUUCACCUCUUUGGAAGAGAUAGUACGAUUCGGCCAGGCUGGCUCACGGUGGGCCCCACGCUGACCAACAGCAACUACAAUGCGGAGACCUACGCGUCCUACUUCAGCGCCCCCAACUCCUACCUGACGGGCUGCACCGAGGAGAUCGAGAGGCUGCGCCCCAAGUCGCCCCCGCCCAAGUCCAAGGCCGACCGGGGCGGGGGCGCUCCCCGGGGCGGGGGGCGAGGAGGAACCGCUGCGGGCCGCGGACGCGAGCGGAACCGGUCCAACUUCCGCGGGGAGCGCGGGGGCUUCCGGGGGGGCCGCGGAGGUGCACACCGGGGCGGCUUUCCACCCCGGUAACCAGGCCGGUCCCUUCAGCCCUGGCCUCCCCCGCUGUGGCCCCUCCAGGCCCUUCCUCCCCCGCUGUGGCCCCUGCAUCUCUGGCCUCCCCCGCGGUGGCCCCUCCAGCCCCGACCUCCCCCGCUGUGGCCGGGACCUCUGUGGGGGCGGCUUUGCACAGCGCUCCCCGUGGGCGCCGCACACUGUAGUUCUGCAGGCGCCGCCUCCCCGCCAUGUCCAGGCCUGGACCCCAGGAUGAACAGCACAGCACCUUCCCAUCCGGCCUGGGGCACCGGCCUCUGCAUGUGGCAGUGGAAACGGGGGGAACGGAGGCACCAUGGGUGCCGUCUGAGCAGCAGCAGCAGCAGCAGUGGCCGGGUGAGCUUCUUGGUGACACAAUAGACACUUUUCUUUUUAAAAAAACCUUGGACUCAGAUAUAAUUCAACUGCACAGGAAAUGGAAAGAUUGAACAAAAUCGCCUCCCAAACCGAAAUCUGCUCCCAGUGGAGGAGCUCCCGAGGCCAGCGGAGGGGACCUGCAGGCAGACUCAGCCCGCAGCCCUCGUGGGAGCUCGGCCGCCGCCGCAGGACUCGGCUCCCAGGUCAGACAGGCCCGCUGGCGCAGAGGAGGGGACCGGAGGGAAGGAGGCAGCAAGACCCUGACCCCGGCGCCCGCCUGGGGAGAGCCCUCCUGCGGAGCACAUGGCGCCUGGCACACUUCUCGUGGGGGAAGCAGCUGGAACCGCUGACCGGGACAGGAAGGAGCGCCGCUCUGGCCCCUUGGGGUUCCCAGGGCCUGGCUCUGCUGUAAAUGAACUUCAUGAAUGAAAUACUGUUGUCCUUGAUAAAUAUCUUCUAUUUUGUGUAGGAUUUUUCUAAUAAAAGCUGAAACUCUGAGA